CUUCUACUUUGCUUCUCUCGCCGUCCGUCUGUGUGGGUGUGUAGGUAGGUGUCUGGGAUUUGUCAACCGGUCGGCCGGCAUGACGAUGGGGAGCGAGAUGGAGGCGGACAUCGACGAUUUGCCGAAGAACCCCGCCAACUACAUGGCCCUCACGCCGCUCUGGUUCCUCGACCGGGCCGCCCUGGUCCACCCGAACCGCCUCUCCGUCGUCCACGGCCCCAGGCGUUUCACCUGGGCCGAGACCUACCGGCGAUGCCGCCGCCUCGCCUCCGCCCUCGCCGCUCGCUCGAUCGGCCCCGGAUGCACGGUGGCUGUAAUUGCACCAAACAUCCCAGCUAUCUAUGAAGCUCAUUUUGGAGUUCCAAUGGCCGGAGCUGUCUUGAACACUGUCAACAUUAGGCUGAAUGCUGCUACCAUUGCCUUCUUACUGGGCCAUUCCUCGGCAACAGUGGUUAUAGUGGACCAGGAAUUUUUCACUUUGGCAGAGGAAGCUCUGAAGAUCAAAGCAGAUGAAAAGAAAGGUGCUUUCAAGCCUCCUCUCCUCAUUGUUGUAGGUGAUGAAACAUGUGAUCCCAGGGCUCUCGAUCAUGCUUUGAGAAAAGGUGCUAUUGAUUACGAGAAAUUUUUGGAAUCUGGGGACCCUGAUUUUGCUUGGAAGCCUCCGAAGGAUGAGUGGCAAAGCAUUGCACUAGGCUACACUUCUGGGACAACUUCUAGUCCCAAAGGAGUGGUGUUGCACCACAGGGGUGCUUAUCUUAUGGCUCUAAGUUGUGCUUUAAUAUGGGAGAUGAAUGAGGGAGCUGUCUACUUGUGGACUCUGCCCAUGUUCCAUUGCAAUGGUUGGUGUUAUGCAUGGACAAUGGCUGCCCUUUGUGGAACUAGCAUAUGCCUUCGCCAGGUCACAGCCAAGGCCGUAUACUCCGCCAUAGCCAAGCAAGGUGUCACUCACUUCUGUGCAGCCCCGGUUGUCCUAAACUCGAUCGUCAAUGCGCCUCCAAGCGAUGCUAUCCUCCCUCUUCCCCGUCUUGUCCGCGUCAACACUGCUGGCGCUGCUCCGCCCCCAACGUUGCUGGCGGAAAUGACCAAGCUUGGUUUCCGCGUCACCCACACAUAUGGCUUGUCGGAGACCUUUGGCCCUUCCGUUGUCUGCGCAUGGAAGCCGGAAUGGGACCUUCUUCCACUCGACGAACGAGCACGUGUCCAUGCCCGUCAAGGUGUUCGCUACGUCGGCCUGGAAGGCCUCGAUGUGGUUAACUUGAAAACCAUGGCUCCAGUCCCUGCCGACGGUACCACGCUUGGGGAGAUCGUCAUGCGAGGCAAUGUUGUGAUGAAGGGCUACCUGAAAAACCCAAAGGCUAAUGCGGAGACCUUCGCCCAUGGUUGGUACCACUCCGGUGACAUAGGUGUGAAGCACCCGGAUGGGUACAUAGAGGUGAAGGACCGCGCAAAGGACAUCAUCAUCUCGGGGGGCGAGAACAUUAGUAGCUUGGAGGUGGAGAGCAUCUUGUACGUGCAUCCCGCGGUGCUGGAGGUCUCGGUGGUGGCUCGACCAGACGAGCAGUGGGGGGAGUCACCAUGUGCAUUUGUGACCUUGAAGGAUGGUGUGGAUUCAUCCAAUGAGCAGGCACUAGCAGAGGAUAUCAUAAAGUUCGGCCGUGCAAAGAUGCCGGCGUAUUGGGUCCCCAAAUCUGUGGUGUUCGGGCCGUUGCCCAAGACAGCUACGGGGAAGAUCAAGAAGCAUGAAUUGAGGACGAAGGCCAAGGCAAUGGGACCUCUCAAGAAAAGCAGGCUCUAAAUUUAUUUCGCUGCUUUUGUUCUGGUUUACAGUUUAUCCUGAUGAUACCGAGCUGUUGCUGUUCCAAAGUGGUCUAAAAUUUUUUUUAUGUUCCUAAUCUGGGAGAAAUUUCAACAAAAAGUCUUCCUUUUGAUGAUGAAUUUGUAAUAAGAUUUGUACCUUUUAUUGGAACUUUUGUCAGGAGAAUCUGCAAGUGUAGAACUUUGUAGUGGGUUUCUCGUGGGGUUAUAUAUAUUUACUUUUUGGUUUAGCCUAA